GACAAACCGCCGCACAGUGUGAAAGUAACUGCAGGAAGAGGGACGCGUCGUUGGAGCGGAUUUUUUUUUUUUUAACGAAAUAGGGGACGGAGGCUGAUUUCUGUCUUGAGCGUGCAGCGCUUUUUAAAGCUUGCCCACGCUGUUGGUGUCCGGCAUAUUUCCUUGGAGGAAGCAAUGCGGAGAGAGGAGAGAGGUCAAGACAAAGUCACUUCUGGCACUGAAAAGAGGUGAAAACCCGCUAAUAACGGAGUGAUCCUUUAAUUUAUUUUAUUUAAAAAAGUGAACUCUUGCUUUGUAUACAUUUUUAAUACAAGAUAAACCGUUUAGGACGUAAUAUCUCCAUCAACCGACUGGGAUUGUCUUUCCUGAAGGCAAAUGUGGAUCCAAUGCAUGCAAAGAUGAGUAAAAUGUGCAGUAGUGACAACUGAAUGGAGACGCGCGGAGCAUCUUCCACAGAGAGCGGAUCGAAAAUCAGAGCGCACUGUGGUUUCUGAGUUCCGCCUCAGACACCGGAUUCCAGCAGUAUCAGCCCUCGGCAGUUGGGUGUUUUUCUUUUUUAUUUUAUUUUUAUUUUUAGUUUUCGCUUCUGAUUAAUCGAUCGUGUGGACAAAAAAAAUAAAAAUAAACCUACAAGAAAUAUCUCAAUAAAGAGUGGCCGUGCGCCGGUUUGACUGGAGCGUCACAUCCAUCUUUUCUUUCAUUCCUGUCCCAGCUGAUUUGUGGACCGCUGUGGGUGAGAGCGGCUGCCACCGGGCGGUUUAGGGGUCUUUUUGGUGCAUGCUCAGCGGGAACUAAACUGAAACGCCUUGUUUCCCCCUCACCAUCCUUAAGGACCCCAUUGCGCGGCGACAAACACGGAGAAAAGUGGAUAUGAUGGCUUAUUUGGCUUAAAGACGCGUGUGAGAUCAGGAGGAGGAUUAUUUAAGAGGCUCUUUUCUGAGGAGGGGUAUUCACCUGGCUUAUCAAGCAAAGAGAGAUUACACCAGGAGACGCACAGGGCUUUGGAUCCAUUUCCCUCGGUCCCUCCUCUUUUCUGUCCAUCUACCUGUCACUGUGACUGCAAUUUAUCUUCAUGUUGAAUCCUAAUCUAACACACAAUAUCAGAUAGAGUUGCCCUGUUUCCUGGGGAGGAUAAUGGAACGGCUGUGGUUCUCUUUUCUGUUGCUGGCAGCAGCAUGCAGAGGACAGUCGUGUCCAAAACGCUGCAUGUGCCAGAGCCUCUCUCCAUCACUCGCUAUCCUCUGCUCCAAAACAGGUCUGCUCUUUGUUCCCACUGCCAUUGAUCGACGCACAGUGGAGCUACGUCUUCAAGAAAACUUCAUCACAGCGGUCCGAAGAAAAGACUUUGCUAACAUGACCAGCUUGUUGCAUUUGACGCUGUCCAGAAACACCAUUAGUCAGAUUCUUCCUUCAGCAUUCAGUGAUCUGCGGCGACUGAGAGCGCUCCAUCUGGACUCCAACAGAUUAACUGUGAUAAAGGACGACCAUUUCAAAGGUCUUACCAACCUUCGUCAUCUGAUACUGGCCAAUAACCAGCUCCACUCCAUAUCUCCUCACGCCUUCGAUGACUUUGUGACUACUCUCGAAGAUCUAGACCUCAGUUACAACAACCUUGACCAGGUGCCGUGGGACACGAUUGGGCGUCUCACCAACGUCAAUACCCUGAAUAUGGAUCAUAACCUCAUAGAGAAUGUUCCGCAGGGAGUUUUUACCAAUCUACACAAACUGGCCAGGCUGGACAUGACUUCUAACAAGUUGAAGAAGAUUCCCCCAGAUCCCUUGUUCCUGAGAAUCCCAGUAUAUGCCAAGUCUAAAGGCUCCCCACUCUCUUCUCUUGUGUUGAGUUUUGGUGGAAACCCACUUCAUUGCAACUGUGAGCUUUUGUGGUUAAGGAGACUGACCAGAGAAGAUGACCUCGAGACGUGUGCCUCCCCUUCAGAUCUCAGCGCCAAAUACUUUUGGACGAUACCGGAAGAGGAAUUUAUUUGUGACCCACCAGUUUUGACUCGAAAGUCACCUCAUACUGUUGCUAUGGAAGGCCAGCCUGCAAGUCUAAAAUGUAAAGCAAAUGGAGACCCAGAGCCUGAGGUCCACUGGAUCAGCCCUGAAGGCCGACUCAUAUCCAAUGGCUCCAGAACUUUAGUUUUCCCCAAUGGAAGCCUGGAAAUCAACGUUACGUCCCUGAAGGAUUCAGGAAACUUCACCUGUAUCGCCUCAAACGCUGCGGGUGAAUCUACAGGAAGGGUGGAGUUAGUCGUGACAGCAGUGCCUCAUCUUGCAAACAGCACAAGCCGCAGCCGAGAUCCUUCUUCUGAGCCAGCGCCCUCUGACAUCCUGACCUCCUCCAAAGUUGCAAUGCUUAACAACGAAACAAGAGGGGCUGACAGGAGGGUAUCAUUGGUGGAGCUCACAGGAACCUCUGCCCUCAUUAGAUGGAGCAGCCAAACUCCUACAUCCGGAGUGAGAAUGUUCCAGGUCCAGUACAACAGCUCCGGGGAUGACACGUUGGUUUACAGGAUGAUUCCAUCCACCACCAAUGAUUUUCUUGUCCGGGACCUUGCUGCAGGACGCAGCUACGAUCUCUGUGUCCUGGCUGUAUUUGAUGACAUCAUCACAUCACUGACUGCAACGCGGCCUUUGGGCUGUCUCUCAUUCACUACAGACACUGAGUUCAGUCAGUGUCAAGCACUUCAUAGCCACUUCUUGGGUGGCACUAUGAUCAUCAUCAUUGGAGGAAUUAUAGUUGCAUCUGUGCUGGUUUUCAUCAUUAUUUUAAUGAUCCGAUACAAGGUUUACAGUCAUCAAGGCACUGGCCAUGGAAAAGCAACCAUUGGAGGGACAGUGCCAAGGCCACAGAGCAACGGACAAGGAGGCAGCCAGGUUCAAGUCCUCCCUCACUCUGCCUCAAAGAUGACAGACAGUCAGGACGAACAGGUGCUGUUGCCAUCUAGGGCUAUGUCACCUAGCAACACUACGAAAGACACUGUGGCAUUGGUCGAGGAGGAGAGCAGCGAACAGAGCGUCAUGGCAAAGACAGACUCCUUGGCUAAUGAGGAGAUGCUCUCCCCAACCAAGGCCCGCUUCUCUUCCAGGGUUUCCAUUGAGAUGAAAAUAAGACCAUCAUCUGUCACCAAAGAUCCCUCAUCUCCCAUGGAACUAGCAGAACCCUGAAGUUGCUAUUCUGGCAGAUGUGGGAAAACAAACAUCACCAGACAGAAGAAGGUGGUGAAAACUCUCAAGACAAAAAGGCCCUGAAGCCCAUCUCCCUGCAUCUCCUGUUUCCUGCAUCUAUUUCUUUCUUUCUAUGAAUAUCAUGGUGUUAUAGACCUUUACAGUCCGAUUUGCUUUCAAGUGCUUUUACUAGUUAUUGCAUCUGGAUUUGACUACCGGUCAAGACGUGGUGAUGGUGGGAUCAUCAGAAUUACUUGUAAUCUAAGGGCAUUUUUCAAUCAGUAUCAGCGGGGAAAGUGGAAUGCUGAGGGGAAAGAAAAUCAGUUGAAAAACAACACGGGCCUAUGAUAAUUUUUAACAAUUAAGUGGAUAGAAAAUAUAAAGUAACAACCAUUAUCAGGAGCAGCAUCAAUACAGACUGAGUGGAUGGUACAAAGACAGAAAAUAAAUUCAUCAUCAUUAAACAGAACAUGAAUUUAAUGGUAAUUAUACACUGGCAGGCUGUACAUUUCAAGUCUGAUGUUUUUUAUAAACACACCCUAACCUGACACACAUGGGACAUAUGCAGAUGAUGACUCCGUGAAGCUCUAUUUUAUUAAUCAAUACUGAAUAACACAGUUCUGUUAAAUGUUGAUAAACUAAGCUGUUCCACUGGCUGCUGAGCUGGAAGUGGAUCUGUACCGUGACUGGGCCAUGCUAUCUCCUAAUUAGAAUCCAUCAUCUGGAAAUGACAAAGUAGGCAGAAAACACAAACUGAUCAAGACUCCUAUGGAGAGAAUGGGACAAAUCUGGACACACUGGAGCCUACUCUGGAAAUCUAUGUUGAAUCAAUAAGGGAAGAUCUGUGCUAGGCUACACAGUUCUCAGUGUGCUACUGCUCAAGUCCUGUAUGCAUCGUUUAUCACUGGACGGGGUAAAGACCUUAAGGACUGUGAUCGACUUCUCUCACAUCUCUUCAGAAGCCUCUAAGCAGAGACCAGGUCUACAUGAUGUCUACAGCUCCCUUACUCUAUUUGGGAUCUCGCUGGAUGCUGGAAAAGUUGAAAACAGAACUGGACCAGUGGCCCCUGUAAGAGAAAGAAGAAUCACACCUGUGACAGAAGUCCUCAACAUGUCUUGGCUGCUGACCCCAAUAGUAGUCCUUGUGAAGGAGGCCCAAGGUCUUGAAAUACCUCUCUUUCUCCUCUCGCUUUUCCCAGAGAUCCUAACCUGUUACAGCAGGUACAGCUGUAGCACAGAUUACUGGAUACAGUAACACACACUGUUAUUCAGGACCUGGCUGACGCUUACCACUACCUCUCACUCUUAAUCACCCUGUGUCUAUGUCCACACAGGUUGGGACCAGUUGAGGCAAGAAUUGGAGUUUAUGCUUAAAACAUAACAAUUUAUUUAUUGUGCAGUAGGGGGACAAGGUGGGGUUUAGAUGGUUGAGUUGGCCCAGAACAGCUAAGUUAUCGUAUCAUUAAUUUGUACUUACAUUAUCGAUACCCAAUCUCGUUGACAUUUACUGAUAAACUGAAUUUGGAAGUCGGAGAAGCAUGUAUGUAAUGAAGGGAAAGAGUCAGAACAGCAUUAACCUCUGCAAAAACGAAAAUAUAAUUGAAAGCUGAAAAUUUGGACAGCUCAGCAUUAGUUGAAAUAUGAUCCCUACAACCUUUUCUUUGCUAAUGCACAAAAGCUUUAAAUACCUGUCAUCACUCAGACCAAAUUGGAACUGCCUGAUGUUUUGUGCAGCAUCAACAUAAAAUGCAAAAAAAGAACAACAACAACAAAGAAGAAGAAGACGACGACGUGGCAGCAUGUAAAAACUUGUUAGAAAAAAAAUUCUUCAUAAUUUGGCUUAUAAAUCAGUGUCUCUGUAAAUGCAAUAUAAUCAAUUUUCUGCAGGGGCCUGACGUAGACACCAUUGUCUUUAAGCUUUAAGUGUUUUAGCUUUCAAUAGUAAAAGGUGCGUUUAGAAUAAGAGUUCUCAAAUAGGUUUAUUUAUCAACAAUAAACCUUUUUUUGAGUAAAUUACUAUUGUGUCGUGUGAAAAUUGGUCUGUUUACAUAGAUGAAGUACUCUUGCACCGAAUAGUCCCUGCUCCUGCAAGAGUUUGCUGUGAUAUGAGGAAAAAAACCUCCACUCAGCUCCAACUGUGGAGUAUAGGAUGCAGUUAAGAGUGAAAUCAGACUAAAACUCCAUUAAUCUCUCAUCGUUUGCAGGAGAAAGUCAAUAAGCAGAGUUCCCAUCUAGAGUGUAGUUGGCUGUUUACAGACAGAUUACAUUAUGACAAUUUCAAAGUUCUGAAAUAAAUAACAGUUUCAAAACUCGUGGCUUAAUGAGAAGAAGUUUGCAAUAAUACUCAGAUAGUCAGUAAUUAAAUGUCACAACAUGUAACAUCAGACCAACUCACAAACAGCAGUGACCAUAUGUCUGCUCCAUUUAAACUCAUUCUGUGAAUGCUCGUGAAUACUGGACAGUUAAUUGUUCCGUUUGCAAGUAAAAAUGAGAGAACAAGGACUCCUCCAGUGUAAUUUAGAGUUAACAAACAGUAUAACCUGCAGUGGAGCACAAAAUAGGAAAUGCGGAAACAACAUGAAUAGGAUAUGUCACGAGUAAAAAUGCUGGGUCCCAUCCCAUUGUAAAUGCCCACCUUUAACUCGGUGUCCUUCACUUCUUUCAGGUCCAUUUUCAGAGUAGAAUUCCACUUGCCUUGUUCUGUUUUGGACCUGGUUCCUGCAGUGUAAAUGCUGAGGGGAGAAACCCAUCCCCAAAAACCUGCCUUGGCUCUUAAAAAGGUUCCUGCAGUACAAGUCCAGUUUUAGUGCAAUGGUUCUCGAAAGGUCUGGCUUGGGGACCAACUGCAACAACUUUUAUGACAAACUGUAAUCAAAAUUGAUGAAAAGAAAAAAAAAAAUCUAUUCAAAUAAAUUCUGAUUUAAACUGAAUAAAAGACUGCAAGCAUGUAAUUAUGCUAGGAUGAAAAUGUAUGUUGUAUAAACUUGUUGGUUAAAUUAAUGUGCCACAUGUCAUAAUUGCACAUAAUCAUACUAAUCAAUGUAACGUGGAUGAAAGAAAAGUGUAAUUAUAGUUUUGGAUCUUUUGGUCACUUUUUCUUUGUGAAAAGCUAAUUUGGAAUGGUCACCAAAGAGCAAGAUUUAUGUUUCUUAAAAACGAGGCUAGAAUAUUGGAGAGAGAUUAAACACAGAUCAAUUUUUUUUUUUUUUUUUUUUUUUUUUUAUGAAAAGGUUAGGCAUUAAGAAAACAUGGAGGAAAAAACUGAGGAACAAAAGCCCAUGACGCUACAUUUUUUUGAACAGUAGAAUUGAAAGACAAUAAUGUCCAUGGAGAAAGAUGUGAAUUUAUUUUGGCAUCCACCAUUUUUGGAAAGCUUUAUAAUAGGAGAAAAUGUGAAAACUGGAAAUGAAGAAUAUAUGUGGAUGGGAACAAUUCAAAAUUGAUGAGAAACUCAUACCUUGUUUGGGAUUUCUUGUUUUUGAAACAUGACAGGAAUAGCAAAUGGAAAUUAAGUUGGUUGAGAUAACAUAAGUGAACCUGUAUUUGUGCUUUCCAAAAUAUAACUUUAUUCCCAAUCCCAAUGUUUUAGAUGUGCAAAAAACAUAGCACAUCUAUAAGGACAUAUGUUACAUUGUAUUAACUGACUUUAAUUAAGCGACCCCCUUUUCUUUUGUUUAAAAAUUUUAAAAGCUGCUUUUAGAUUUGCAAAGCAUCUUGCUGGAUUUUCAAAUCAGAAUACACAGAUUAGACAUUUGAGCAGGUUGAGAAACAUAAAUUACACAACACUUGAAUUUUUUUUUUCUGUGGACACUUUUAGGGUUCUGUAUUUUUUCAAAUAAACAAAGAUUAAGGAGUAACUUAAAUCCAGUGUUAACAUUUCAAAUCUGUUGUCAUCGAAACACAGUAGUUUUGAAAUCUCAAUGUAUUCUUGGUAUGGAAUUUUAUUGUUCCCAUUAUUUGUUUAGGAAACUUGUGCAUUUUUAAUCUUUUUAGGAAAAAAAAAAAACUUUACCUUGUUCACUGAGAUUCUCCUAUGCAUACACCCUUUUUUGACCAAUUACAAAACAUAAUUCCUUGCUAAACCUGAUGCUGUGCUGUCAGUUUAUGCUAUUUUAGCCAUUAUCACCAAGGUUGACUACACUCAGCUUCUGUCAGCCACUCACUGUGAAGCUAUUUAACAGCACUUGGUUUUCCAGAGAAGGACCAAUCACUACUUGACCUUUAAUCAUUAGAAUCUUUCCUUUGCAGCAAUAAGGACACCAAAAGACAAGAUUUGGUCAAGGUUAACAAGGAGGAUUGAGGGCUAACCAUCUGACUUCUGUGAACAUCCCCUAUUAAUCAGUGCCCACUUAACAGAAUAAUAAAAAAAAAGGUUUAACAAAUUGCUUUUUCAUGUGGUUUUUGAAAUACAUUAAUGGAUUCAGAGCUUUGGCAACAAAACCUUAUUUUUACCAAGUAAUUAAAAGUUGCAUAGAUUUGUAACGUUUUUACAAAUUCCAUACUGAAGCACUAAAGAUGAGUAAGGUGUGACUUAAAAAAACCCAAAAAAACAUAACUACUUUGACAGGUAUGACAGUUUAUUUGAGCAGCUUUAUUUCAUUUUGUCAUUAAAUUUAAUAUAAUAUGAGUUUGGCUGUAUGUUAGCCUUUUCAGAGGAGCUCUGAAGUGUUCUUUACAAUUUGAAAUUUAUUUAUUUGUAUCACUGAACAAAAAUAUUGACACACAGGUAUGCCUUUUCAGAAAAGAAAAAAGAAAUACUAAUUUAUUUGUUCUUUUUGAGGUAGGGGAGAAUCACAACUAUGCAUAUUAAAACUGACAAAUAAAGUAUCUGUACUAUUUAGAAAAUUAACAUGGAUAAAAAUUACAAACUGAUAAUAAAAGAUCACUGGGUUUUGAUUUAUGUCGUCUGUGAUGAAAUUUAAAUUAUGUGUGCAUGAUUAGUAAUUUUACCCCAAUUCUCUUUGUUUCAGAUCCAGUCCUCAGAUAGAAAGCCAUUUGCUGAGAGCCAAGAAUUACAAAUGAAGGAUUCGGAAAUAAUCUUAAGUAGCAGGAUACCAGAGCACAUCAGUCAUUAUUGAUAUCAUAUAUCACUUUAUCAUAGUGUCUUUCACUACAUGUCGCAAAAUGGUUUAAUGUGAAGAAAAAAAUGCAGUAUGACCAUAAUGUACUCUACAAGCUGUGUUAUUAACAUCAUGACUGCUGUCUGUCAGGUAAAAUUUGUCUUCAUUAUCACAUCUGAGUACAUUUAUGUGCACACAACACUGGUGAUAGCUACACACAUUUCAGUUUUCUUUUUACUCACAUCAAUUUCACCUCUGAGUAUGUCUUUUAAGUAUUGCUAUAAACCAAUAAUCAGUAUUUUCCAGACUUCUCUGUAAGUUUUUUUUCUUAAUUUGCGAUAAUUUUACAAGACGAAAUGAGAUUAUUGGCCAAAUCAGAUAUAUACUAACCUUGUGUGUGCACCUAUUUGCACUAGUUUUUGUUUCACAGUGUCACCAUGUAUUUGGCCAUAUUGGUGUUUACACAGUUCCCUGCUGAUAUAGUUACAAUUGGUAGACCAGGAAAUGGGUGGAGAACCAUAAAAGACCCACACUAGAACAUGCACACCACAACAAGGAUGGAAAAACAAAAAAACAUAAGUCCUUAGUCCUCACUUCUCCCUCAUGUGUUCCUCUCACUUUUCUGGGGGGGCUUUAUAUUUUCUAUGUGUACAUAAAGCAAUUCAAAAUCUAUAGUUUUGUACAUGUAAUUUUUAUGGUGUGUGGAUAUUUUCUA